AUGCCCACCUGCAGCAGCUGCCAACACAUGUUCACCAAGAAUGGUUACUCUCAACACCUAGCCCAAUCAAAGAAUCCCAAAUGUGUCACCAUAUAUGAGCAGAUGCAAAACUACGUACCUUCAGGACAAAAUCAACAUGAGUCAAGCCCUCCGAGUCUAAUGGCAGCAGAGGAACAACAUAGCUCUGAAGCUGUCUAUGAGCAUAACUCACAGAAUAUCUGUUUGGACAAAAACCCACCUGUUAAUGUUUUUGAUGGCAACUAUUUUAACACACAAGCUGGCGAUUUGGAAUGGCCUGAGGAAACUAACAAUGAUGAUUUGGAGUUAGAGGAAGAGGAUAUAGAGGCUGAAGGAGCAGUGGCUGAGCAAGAAAGAGACUGGGAGCCUCCUGUCAUAGAGCAUCUCAUUGAAGAUAACCUGGACACACCUUCAACUGAUGAAGCUGACCAAAAUCAUGUUCACUACUCAGACUCAGAAGAUCCAGAAAGCGCAUACCAUUGCUAUCAUCAGCAGUUGAAUGAUAAUGCUGCUGAUCCUGGAGAUAGUGGGAUUUGGGCACCUGUCACAUCACAAUUUGACUACAAGGUUGUGCACUGGGAAAAAAUGUGGGGACCUGGGUCUACAUCAUUCUCCAAUCUCAAAUACUCACUGCAGGCACUUUACAGAGACCCAGAAUUGCAUUACCUCAUAUUUGUCCCAGAAAGACACUAUACUGAUCAGGACGAGACACAAAGGCUGUACCAUGAUCUUCACACAGGGACGUGGUGGUGGAAGAUGCAGACACAGCUUAAGAAAGAGAAGCCCAGCGCCACAGUUAUACCAAUCUUGUUGUCAUCAGACAAAACCCAAGUGACAAUGUUUCAAAAUAAGCUGCCUACCCAAUAUACAUGA